AGGUCGGCUGAAAACUUAUCCGCUCCGCAGGCUAAGCUAGCUCUCGGAGUGAUGGUGGUGGCCCUCUCCCCUUCCCCCUUACACCUUUCUGAUCCACCCGCGGCCCGCCAAUGACAUCCACCCCCUUCGUCGCCGUCUCCGGCGCCGCCACUGCAAUCCCGGCCGUCGUCGCUGUGGCCUCCCGCAAGCCACUGCCGAGCUUGGUCGGCUUAGACAAGGGCAGUUCUUCCCAAAGGAGCACCCACGGGCUGGAAAAUGGCAGAUCGGAGAGUCCCCCUCGGCCUCUAGAUGCCGAGGAAGCAAUGAGCAUGCUGAAAGACGCCCAAACGGUGCAGUCAGCGAUGUACGUGCCUCUGUUGCACCACUGCAUCAAAACUGGCAGCCUCAGCACCGCCAAGGCCCUCCACGCGCACAUGGUGAAGAGUGGAACUAAUGCGGAUAUGUUUGUGGCAACAUCCCUGGUAAAUGUGUACAUGCGAUGCGGGGCGAGCCAGGAUGCGCGCAGCCUGUUCGACGAAAUGCCCGAGAAGAAUGUCGUCACGUGGACUGCACUUAUAACAGGCUACACUCUGAAUUCUGAACCGGUAUUGGCGCUGCAUGUGUUUGUUGAGAUGCUUGAGCUGGGAAGGUACCCGUCGCAUUACACGCUAGGUGGCAUGUUGAAUGCAUGCUCUGCCGCGCACAACAUUGAUGUGGGCAAGCAGGUUCAUGGCUACGCCAUCAAGUAUGAGACUGAUACGAUCACAAGCAUGGGAAAUUCACUUUGUAGAUUGUAUACCAAGUCUGGAGACUUAGAAUCUGGCAUGAAGGCCUUCAAGAGGAUCCCCGAUAAGAAUGUGAUCACAUGGACAACCAUGAUAUCUGCCUGCGCCGAAGAUGAGAACCGCAUAGAGCUUGGAUUCCGUUUGUUUCUCGACAUGCUCGAGGAAGGAGUGAUGCCAAAUGAGUAUACGUUAACGAGUGUCAUGAGCCUGUGUGGUGCAAAGCUAGAUAUGAACCUGGGCAAGCAAGUCCAAGCUUUCUGCGUUAAGAUUGGAUGUGAAGCGAAUCUUCCAGUGAAGAACUCCACAAUGUACCUCUAUCUCAGGAAGGGUGAAACGGACGAGGCUAUGCGGUUGUUUAACGAGAUGGAGGACAGCAGUAUUAUCACAUGGAACGCAAUGAUAGCGGGAUAUGCGCAAAUCAUGGACUCAGCAAAGGAUGAUCUCCAUGCUCGCUCAAGAGGGUUCCUGGCACUCAAACUUUUCCGUGAUCUCGUGAGGUCUGCGACGAAGCCAGAUUUGUUCACCUUCUCAAGUAUCCUAUCAGUCUGCAGUGCCAUGAUGGCCUUGGAGCAGGGUGAGCAAAUUCAUGCACAGACGAUAAAGACUGGCUCUUUGUCAGAUGUUGUUGUAAACAGCGCACUGGUAAACAUGUAUAGCAAGUGUGGAUGCAUCGAGUAUGCAACCAAAGCCUUUGUCGAAAUGCCGACACGGACACUUGUCACAUGGACCUCUAUGAUUUCUGGUUACUCUCAGCAUGGACGAUCGCAAGAUGCGUUGCAACUCUUUGAGGACAUGAUAUUAGCUGGCGCCAAACCAAAUGAAAUCACAUUUGUAAGCGUACUAUCAGCCUGCAGCUAUGCGGGUUUAGUCAAGGAAGCUGAGCGCUACUUCGACAUGAUGCAGAAUGUGUAUCAUAUAGAGCCUCUUGUGGACCAUUAUGGAUGCAUGGUUGACAUGUUUGUGCGGUUGGGCCGGUUGGAUGAUGCAUUUUCAUUCAUCGAAAGAACAGGUUUCGAGCCGAACGAAGCCAUCUGGUCCAGUUUGGUAGCUGGAUGUCGGAGUCAUGGGAACAUGGAACUUGCUUUCUACGCUGCUGAUAGGCUCCUUGAGCUCAAGCCAAAAGUAAUUGAAACCUAUGUAUUGCUUUUGAACAUGUACAUUUCGACAAGUAGAUGGCGGGAUGUGGCAAGAGUGCGGAAACUGAUCAAACACGAAGAUGUCGGGGUUCUUAGAGAUCGUAGCUGGAUUACAAUCAGAGACAAGGUGCAUUUCUUCAGAGCUGAGGACAGAACUCACCCUCGAGCUACCGAGCUGUAUCAACUAUUGGAGAAUUUGCUGGAAAAAGCAAAGGGCGUUGGGUAUGAACCAUACCAGAAUGCUGAGUUAUCUGUCAGCCAGGAUGAUGACAAGCCCGCUGCAGGUUCUUCACUAAAGCACCAUAGUGAGAGGUUAGCCGUUGCUCUGGGGCUGCUCGAAACUCCUCCUGGUGCGACAGUCCGUGUCACGAAGAACAUAACCAUGUGCAGGGACUGCCACAGCUCUAUUAAAUUCUUCUCAUUGCUUGCAAACAGAGAGAUUGUUGUCCGGGACAGUAAACGGCUCCACAAGUUUAAGGAUGGUCGGUGCUCAUGUGGGGAUUUUGGUGCACUCUUGUGAUGUCAGAGAUCUCACACCCACCCUACUCCAAGAACUCAAUUUUUUUGCUCUGGAAACAGGAUCAACUUACACAGGACUUGCUUGAUGCAAGGUACCAAGUUGAUCAAUAUUUUGUGACUUUUGUAGAUUUUUGUAUCAAAUCAAGUCUUGUUCAGUCGGCAUGGGUGACAUAUGAGUAUGACCAUAAACUCGAUCAGAUUUUCGAGAUAUGCUCACAUACUUUCAAAAAGUAGGAGACUGAAUAUAUGUGUAACUUGUAAAUGGUA